AUGCCCAUCGGGCGAUGGCUCGACGGCGGCGUGCGGCGAUCGCGCGCGGCCGCGGGUGGCGACGAAGACCGCGGCGGCGGCCGAGGCGGAGGAAGAGGCGGAUCCGGAAGAGGCCGCGGCCGCCCGCGCUCGGAGAGCUACAUCUCCGAGGACAGAAAACGGCUCGGGUACGAGAUCAUCCGCGUGCAGUGGUCCGUCGAUCGAUGUGCGGUGUGCGACGACGACCGCGACUUUGACUUCGACCAGCUCGUGACGUGCGAGGGCUGCGCGAUAUCCGUCCAUCAGUCGUGUUACGGCAUCCCGGAGAUUCCGGACGACGCCGUGGGGUGGCUCUGCGCCGCGUGCGAACACACCGGCGGCGUCGUGUCCGAGACGCCGCUGUGCUGCUUGUGCCCCGUGGAGGGCGGCGCGCUGAAGCCGACGACGAAGCCGGGGCGGUGGUGCCACUCCGCGUGCUGCCAGUGGAUCCCGGAGACGACCGUGCUGGACGUGGACACGAUGCAGCCGAUCGAUCAGAUCGACACGAUUCAACGCGAACGCUGGGAGCUCCUGUGCACGGUGUGCAAACAGAGACACGGCGCGAAGAUCCAGUGCGAUCACCCGGGGUGUUACCUCGCGUACCACCCUCUGUGCGCGCGCGCGUCCGGUCUGUUCAUGGAAGCGCGCCUCGGCGAGGACGACGGCGAGGACGAGGACUCGCCGCUGAUGAUGGUGUCCUACUGUCACCGGCACUGCCUCGUGGACACCGAGCGCGCGGCGUUCGCGCGAGGACGCAGCCGGCAGAAGAGACCGUGGCGGAGCCCCGCUGGGAGAAGACGGAGAAGACGGAAGAGGCGGACGAGGAGACGAAAGAGACCGAAGACGACGCGCCCGCCGCCGCGGAGCGGGAAGCGCGCGUUCGUAGAGCUCAUCCCGUACGUCGCGGAGAACGCAGCGCGUCUCGCGGCGAAGACGUCGGGGGCGGUGGCCGUGGCCGCGAUGGAGAUCGCCGCCGCGAUCGUGGACGAGGGGAAGGGCGUCCGCGAGCGCAUGGAAGAGGCGCACGAUUUCCUGCACGAGCGGUUCACGUUUGGAAAGUCGAACAUCCACGGGUGGGGCCUCAUCGCGAAGAAACCGGUGAAAGCCGGGAGCAUGGUGAUCGAGUUCCGCGGCGAGAUCGUCAAGCCGCACGUCGCGGACUUGAGAGAAAAGGCGUACGACGACGCGAACAUCGACUGUUACUUGUUGAAAGCGGACGAGAAGACCGUCAUCGACACGACGAUGCGAGGGAACAUCGCGCGGUUCACGAAUCACAGCUGUAACCCGAACAUGUACACGAAGAUCGUCUCCGUGGACGGCUCCAACCACAUCAUCUUCUUCGCGAGGGUGGACGUGCAGCCGGGGGAGGAGAUGACGUACGACUACCGGUUCGACGCGGAGAGCGGGAAGGUGCCGUGCUACUGCGGCGCGCACAACUGCCGCGGGUUCUUAUGCUGA